AUGGCGGCUGUGAUUACUGGCCUGCCUCUGCACAGUGGCACUGCAUACAAUCCGACCACAGCCAAGAACUCUGUGACUGCUGAGGUCAAGAGCGUCUCGGAAGAAUCAUCCAGCUCGGCCAAACCUGAGUUCGACCUGGAAGAGCACCCAAUUGACCAGCCGAGACCCAUCAAGGUCGGCGUCAUUGGCGCUGGAUUGUCGGGCGUCACGGCCGGUGUUCUGCUUCCGGCCAAAUUACCUGGUCUUGACUUGCAUAUCUAUGACAAGAAUCCGGAUGUGGGUGGUACAUGGUUCGAAAACACCUAUCCCGGCGUUAGAUGUGACAUUCCUUCCCACGUAUACCAGUCCGGCUUUGCUCCCAACACCCAAUGGACCGAGGAGUUUGCCCAGGGCCAUGAAAUCAGAGACUACUGGCAGGGCAUCGCGAGGAAGUACGACGUGUACAAGUAUCUGCGAUUGCAACAAAAGGUGGAACGUGCAGAAUGGCUUCCAGAGGAGGCAAGAUGGAAGGUCACAUUGAGAGACCUGAGUUCUCCCAAUUCCGAAAGAGUCUACGAAGAAAAACUAGAUAUCCUAAUCAACGCUAUCGGCCAUUUCAACGCCUGGAAGCUCCCCGACUACCCAGGCAUCGAUCAGUACAAGGGCGUGCUCUUCCACUCCUCCAACUGGAACCACAAGGUGGACUUGAAGGACAAACGACUCGCCCUGAUAGGAAACGGAGCCUCGGGCCUGCAGGUUCUCCCGUCCAUCCAACCCAUCGCCAAACACAUCGACCACUACGCCCGCAACCGCACCUGGAUUGCAGGUUCCUUCGCAGCCUCGGGUAUCCGCCGUCUGGAGCCCAACUACAUCCCCGAGGACCUAAAGGCCUCCUUCAAGGACCCGGAGACCUACCUCCAAUACCGCCGAAAGGUCGAAGAAGGAUACUUCCAGCGCUUCGGCUCUAUCUUCAAGGACUCCCCGGAGAACCGCGAACUGCGCGAGCAAUGGGUUGAGCUCAUGCUGAGGCGAAUCGCCGAUAAACCCGAACUAGGGGACAAGAUCAUCCCGGACUUCCCUCCAAACUGUCGCCGACCCACGCCAGGCCCGGGGUAUCUCGAAGCCCUAACAAAGGACAACGUCAGCUACAUCCAGACGCCCAUCGAGCGGUUCACAGAAACCGGAAUCGUCACAGUCGAUGGCACAGAACGCCCCGUCGACGCCGUCAUCUGCGCAACCGGCGCAAACGUAGACCACGCGCCCCCCUUCCCGCUAAUCGCAAACGACAUCGACCUCGGCUCCGCAUGGAAACACGACGGCCUCUACGGGUUUCCCUACAUAUACCUCGGGCUUGCGGUCCCCAGGUUUCCCAAUCUCCUCUGGAUCGGCGGCCCAUAUUCCUCGGGCCACAGCGGAACGGUCCCCAACAGCAUCGAGAACCAGGUCACAUACAUUGCAAAGGUUAUCCGGAAAUUCCGCAGCCAGGGCAUCAAGACCUUCCAGCCCUCCGAGCAGGCUACGGAUGAUUUCGUCGAGUAUGCGGAUAAAUUCUACCCACGCACCGUGUGGACCGGUAACGAUGACUCCACGCCGGGGAAGAAGAAUUGUCGCUCUUGGUAUAAUGGUGGUAAACCGGGGGGGAGAGUGCACGGGAUCUUUCCAGGGAGUGCGACGCAUGUUAAUAUCAUUCGACGGGAUCCGAGGUGGGAGGAUUACGAGUAUACCUACCUUAAUCCUAGUGGGAAUCGGUUUGCGUAUUUUGGGAAUGGGUGGACCGAGAGGGAGUUGAAGCCGGAUGGGGAGGUGGAUUUGACGCCGCAUCUGAAGGUGCCGGAGAGUAUUGAUUUGAGGACUUAUAUGGAGGGCUGGUGGGAUGUAUAG